AGCAGCUCAUCCAGUAUCUAAAGGAAGAACAAAUUUAAAAUUUAUCUACUCUGUAAUGCAUAGAAAAAUGAGUAUUAAUAAAGGAAAGGCAAAUGGCAAUUCGGAAACAACCGAAUUUGUAGAGCCUAGAGAUAGAAAAAAACGACGUGCCAUUGAAAAUCGUAUGGAGGUUGAAGUAAUCAAUGGCGUGGAGGGAAAAGUGAAAUCACAUUCAUCUUUAAAACGAGUAAAAAAUGUGGAAGGUGGAGAACAAAGAAAAAUAUCUGUUCCUGCACAUAGAUAUACUCCUUUGAAGGAAAACUGGAUGAAGAUAUUUACACCUAUUGUGGAACAUUUACAGUUACAAAUAAGGUUUAAUUUAAAAACACGAAAUGUAGAAUUACGCACAGCUCCAGAAACACCUGAUAUUAUUAAUUUACAAAAGGGUGCUGAUUUUAUGAAGGCUUUCAUUUAUGGCUUUGAAGUAGAAGAUGCAUUGGCUUUGUUACGUUUAGAUGAUUUAUUUGUAGAAACAUUUGAAGUCCAAGAUGUAAAACCUUUAAAGGGAGACCACCUUUCUAGAGCAAUUGGAAGAUUAGCAGGAAAGGGUGGUAGAACAAAGUUUACAAUAGAAAAUGUAACAAAGACGAGAAUUGUUUUGGCAGAUAGUAAAAUUCAUAUACUAGGUUCCUUCCAAAACAUACAGCUAGCACGAAGGGCUGUCUGUAAUUUAAUUUUGGGUAGUCCACCUUCGAAAGUUUAUGGGCAAUUGAGGAAUGUAGCAAGCAGAGUAUCAGAACGAUUGUAA